AUGCACCAUGGCGUGAAGAAGGAGAACUUCCAAAGGCUGAAAGUUCAGAUCGGCGUGGCCCGCGAGAAGGUCAAGGACCUUCAGCGAAGGAAGCUGCGUGAGGAGCACGAGAAGGAGGUCGCAGCGAUGAAGGAAGCUCUGACAGAGAAGGUGGAGGCUCUGCUUCAGAGGGUGCAGAAGGCAGAGGAGUCGCUCCAGAAGGUGGAGGAGGAGGCGAAGGUCUUCAAACAGGGCAAGGACAUGAAGUCACUGGAGAUGGUGAAGCUUGCGGACGACCUGGAUGUGCAGAUUAAGGCUGAGAGGGAAAGCCUUGAAGCGCUGAAGAAGGACAUCGCCGGCGUGAGGGAGGGCGUUGACGCGGAAAUCCUCUCCUGGUUCACUGCGCAGGCGCGGCCCGUGGAGACGAAGUUCAAGUUCCUGGAGCCGCGUCUCAGUGCCCUCACCACCGGCUCUGCCAGGUUCCGGGAGUCUGCGAAGGGCAAGAGCCGACUGGAGCUUCAGCAGAUCGAGCAGAGUGCGGAGGCCAUGCUCAGGUGGCACCAGAAAGCCAAGUCCUUGACGCCCGAUGAGGUGGCCGACGCCUUCGGCGGGGAUGCCGUGACCGAGGAGUGA